GUGAUUCCAGGAAGGCCGCCGCUAUAGGACAGCUGGCUUCCUGGCGGCUAUGAGACUUCCCGAUGGAGUUUUGUCUGUUUUUAGUCUGUAAAUGGGGAGCAGCCUUAUGUGACACAGUCGCAGGCCUGGGUUCACCAGGGACUUAGAACAGAGGCGAGCAUGACCCCAGCCGUGACCCCACGCUGAGGCUGGGUCCCGGCCGUCAUUGCAUCCUCACAGCACUUGGGAGGCACACUCGUGACCCCCGCUUCCCAGGCAGGAAGCAGGUUAGAGGACACAUGUCCCUGGACACAGGAAUACGCUGCCUGCCGACGCCAGACCCAAGAGUCGGGCUCCUCGGGUCAGGUGACAAGUGUGUGGUCAAGCCGCCUGGCCCAGCUGGGACCAGCCGCUCAGAGCCUCCCUCACCCACCUGGGACAUGGGCCCUGGCCCUGCCCGCUCAGGGCACAGAGCCAGAAGCAAUGGCCGGCCCUGGGUCCCUGUAGGGAAGCUGUGAGGGGAGAGCGGGCAGCUGUUGGGCAAGCUCUGUGGCUUCCCAUGGGGGGCUCGGUCCCCCUGAGCCUCGGUUUCCUCAUCUGAAAAAGUGGCAGCCAGUCUGUGUUGCUGGGAAGGGUGGAGCUGGUGAAGGCAGACAAGGGCACCAAGAGCUCAGUGGCGGCUGUCCACUCUGCGAUGUGACCAGCAGUGUGUCCAGCUGCCCCCUGUGCACCAACAAUCACCCACUGGUCUGCAGUGCAUCCAUAACGGGGUGAUCGCUGUCUUCCAGCGCAAGGGGCUGCCUGACCAGGAGCUUUUCAGCCUCAACGAAGGUGUCCGGCCAGGAAGGCGAUCCCAAGGCCCUGUCAGCUGCCAGAUGGACUCCUAGAGAACUGGCACGGAAGCUCUUAGUCGUGGAAGUCGUCCAUGCAUUGAUGAAGCUUUCAUUAGUGAGCACCUGCUGUAUGCGGCCUCCAGAGGUCGAUGGGAAGCCGUUGGCAGUAUUCCUGGCCAAAGGCGGUGGGACCCAGGCUGGCCUGUCGCCUCCAGCCCUGAGGACAGCGUGGAUCCGAGGCCUCAGCCAUGCUGCUGCAGGGCCUCCCGCCUUCCAGAGUCCACUGUUCGCUCCGCGUGUCGGCGGCUGGGAGAGCCGCGUCCUCUUCUGUGAAAUGGAGGGGGGCGUGCUGAUGAGCCUCAGCUCUGGACCACGAAAGCGUGCGGCCACCCAGCCCCCCACAGUGCUGGGACAGGUGGGGCUGAGCAGGCAGCUGCUGAAGACGGAGCUGGGGUCCUUCUUCACGGAGUACCUGCAGAACCAGCUGCUGACAAAAGGCAUGGUGAUCCUAAGAGACAAGAUUCGCUUCUAUGAGGGACAGAAGCUGCUAGACUCGCUGGCAGAGACGUGGGAUUUCUUCUUCAGCGACGUGCUGCCCACGCUGCAGGCUAUCUUCUACCCCGUGCAGGGCAAGGAGCCGUCGGUUCGCCAGCUGGCCCUGCUGCACUUCCGGAACGCCAUCACCCUCAGCGUGAAGCUGGAGGACGCACUGGCCCGCGCCCACGCCCGCGUGCCUCCCGCCAUCGUGCAGAUGCUGCUGGUGCUACAGGGCGUGCAUGAGUCCCGGGGCGUGACCAAGGACUACCUGCGCCUGGAGAUGCUGAUACAGAAGGUGGUGUCACCCUACCUGGGCACCUACGGCCUCUACUCCAGUGAGGGCCCCUUCACCCACUCCUGCAUCCUGGAGAAGCACUUCCUGCGCCGCUCUCGCUCGGGGGACAUCCUGGCCAAGAACCCGGUGGUGCGUUCCAAGAGCUACAACACACCGCUGCUGAACCCCGUAGCGGAGCACGAGGCCGAGGGCACGGCAGCCGGGGGCACAGGCAUCCGCAGGCACUCCGUCUCCGAGAUGACGUCCUUCCCGGACCCCCAAGGCUUCGCCGACGUGCCCAGCCAGGGCCCCACGGGGGACUUCAGAGCCUCCCCGGGCCCCCAGUCGGGGCCCUGCCCCAGCAGACUGUACCCCCCGACGCAGCCCCCUGAGCCUGGCCCAGGAGGCCUGGCCCACAGCUCCCCGCCCUCCUCCAGCCCCGAGAACCUGGUGGACCAGAUCCUGGAAUCCGUGGACUCGGAUUCUGAAGGCAUCUUCAUUGACUUUGGCCGUCGCGGUGGCUCUGGUGCCUCAGAGCCUGAGGGGGUCGGGGGCCGGCAGAGCAUCGUGUGAAGGCCUUGCGUUUGGACUGAGCCCACGUGUGUGCCUGUGCUGCGUGCGUGUGAGCGAGCGAGCGAGAGUUUUUUACUCUGUCCUGUCCAGUCCCCAGUCAGCCUUGGCCACUUUGGCAUUUCCCUCUUUGUUGGAAAAACCAUCGAUGCCCGAGCACCGCUCCGUUCUGGGGUGUCUGCGCCAGCAUCAUCACCUGCAUCACGCAGGUCACCAGGCACACCGGUCAACCUCCUGUGUGUGAAGCGGGCAUCACCACUCCCUCCACCCCCCGGCCUGCCCCGGCCCCCUCACGUCUACACCCACAGAGACUAUGAAUCUGGUGGCAUGGCCAGGUCCCCACAAUGGCCCCCAGAGCCACGGGGGUUGGUAGCAGACCUGCCUGCCCCUCCCCCACCCACCUCAGGCCAUAGCGUGUCCUGCAGGUGAGUCUGCCCCAGACCCUCCGAGCAACCAGCCUUCACUCUGCCAGGGGUGGCCGUGGGCAGGAAGAAGGUGGAAUAAAACUUGUCUGCCCUGCUCCCGA